AGCUAAGCAGGCGGUCGGGUGAGAGCGUGUGUUUACGUGGACCUCCUCCAUCACAGAACCUUCAAUACGAUCCACGCCGCCAGUGGACUUUCAAAAGUGUGAGACACUUUUGACACUGCCCUCCCCCACCCCACUUUUCUUUUGCUUGCAGUGCUCUGGUUUUGGAUUUUUAAGAAGGUUGAAGACAUGCUACGGUGUACAGCGGUGCUACUUGUGCUGGUGGUGGCCUUACAUGUCCUGAGUGCCGAAGGCUACAAGUGCAGGUGCACCAGGAAAGGACCAAAGAUCCGCUACAAGGAUGUGCAAAAGCUGGAGCUCAAACCCAAACACCCCUACUGCCAGGAAAAGAUGAUAUUCGUGACAAUGGAGAACGUGGCUCGCUUCAAGGGUCAGGAGUACUGUCUGCAUCCGAAACUGCAGAGCACCAAGAAUCUGGUCAAGUGGUUCCACAUCUGGAAGGACAAGCACAGGGUUUACGAAGCCUAAAACCUUGACUUCUUUUCAUCACCAAAAGAAGAAAACAGAAAAAGGAAAAGAAAAAUAAAAGAAAACAACAACGACCAGGACUGUUUAUGAUGUCGCAAAUAUCUGCAGUACAUCACCCUCCUCUUCUGUGGAAGCCAUCAAGAGAUAAACUUAAUAAUAAUUACACUUACUUUUUAAAUCUUUUUUUCAGUUUUUGCCACACAAAUAUACCUGAAAAUAUUGUAUGUACAACAUACAUUACUCCUAUUUUGUAUGCAACGUAAAGUGCAUUUUGUAAACAUUGUUGUCUAUUAGCAACUUUAUAGUGUUGUGUAUGUAAAAUGGCAGCAUUAUACUGUAGUUGUUUUGAUAUUUAAUUUGAAUGUUUUCGGGGCUUGGGGUGGGUUAGUUGACCAACACACCGUUCAACAUUCCAUUGAGUGUAUACAAAAAUAAUGAAUGCAGCAAUAAAAUCUCCAGUAAAUUCA